GGCUUUGCCACGCACAUUGGGAUCGUGCAGCUGAUUUGCAGGUGCGAGCCGGAGAUGGAGCCAACUGAGGCUAUUUCAACGGGGCAGUAGAUGGAACUUGAACGUUUGCAGAAACUCUCCUUGGAGCACCAGAAGAAAAGCGUCGCCCCGCUGCCGGUGGUGCGCCUGUACUUUGUAGGCCGAGGGCGUGCCGGCAAGACCACAACUCUACGGCGGCUGAAAGGCGAAUCAUUCCGAGACGAUGAGCCUUCCACACAUGGUUUGGAUGUUUGGGCAGGUCAGGUAGAAGCAGAUCUACAAGCGGAUUCGAAGCAAACGGGCCCAUGGAAAAGAUGGGAGGAAUCGAUGUACCUCAGUGCCUUGAAGGACGGGCUUCGGAACCCACUGCUAAAGGGCCCAGAAACAGACGCACUCACCGCGCAGAAUGCUGAUGAACAACCAGAUGACAUGUUGGAACCUCAAGGGCUUAUUGAGCCAGAAGCAGGGUCGAAAGACGAUGAACAGGCUCAAUCAACCCAAGGGCUUAACGAGCCAGAACAUGCCACCUCUGUUGCAAGUCAAGGACCGAAAGCCAAUCAACCAGAUGCUCUUCUAGAGAGUUCGGCCGCGGCUCAACCAACCCAAGGGCUUAACAAGCCAGAAGAACAUGCCACCUCUGUUGCAAGUCAAGGACCGAAUGCCAAUGAACAACCACAGGAAGACAUAUCCUCUUCUUCUGGACCCAAGAUGUGCGGGCCGGUUGUUUUGGACGAAGACAUGCUUUCCAAGCUAGGCUCCCAAAAAGCGGGCAUGGAUGUGAGGCUGCAAUGCUGGGACUUCCCGGGACAAGAAGAGUACGCCCUGUUGAACCAGCUUCAUUUUUCAGAAAGAGCGAUAUACCUGGUGUUUUUGGAUUUGGCUGGGCAACUUGAGGACGAAUGGAGGCACCUGUCUUUCUGGCUUUGGAAAAUUGCCAGGUUUUCCACUGAGAAGGAUGCAUGUCCUCCUAUUCUCCUGAUUGGCACCAAAGCAGGAGCGCGCAAUAGAUGCGUCACAGGUUUGGAGCUACAAAAGCGCCUGGAGGACUUGCAAAGCAGAGUCCCCCGCUUGAAAGAGCAGCUGCAACCCCAUCCAGCGGACUUGGGAAGCAAGUGCACCAAGUGUCCCUGGCUAUUUCCAGUUGAAAACAAGGGGGAAAAUUUUGAAGCCUGGAUCAGUCCUUUGCGGAUGCAACUUCAGCGAAUGGCCCUACAGUUUGUCUCGCCGCGUGACCUUUGGGAGGCUGAGAACUCGGACGGAUCUGUGGUGCCAAGAUUUGUUGGUUUGCAGGCGGAGACCUUUGCCUUGACGUGGCUGCGAGCACAUGACUUGCUGACGCGGUUGGGGUCUGGAUUCAGGGCGAGAGCUGAGAGGGUCGAUGUCAAGAAGGUCGCGCCAAGUGCCGAGCCCGGGCGAAGGUUCAAGAUCAAGGACUACCUGCGCGUGACCAUAGACAAGGACUGGCUGAUUUUGCCGCCAGGUGCAUUUAUCGGACUUCACAGCCAGGACGAACAGGAUGAUCUUAGAGAGGAAGAGCUUAGCUUGGAUGUUUCGUGUGACUUUCUCGAGCUGAAAGCAGUUCAGGGACUACUCAGAGGAAUGCAACCGCAAGGCUUGUCUCAUCAGGACACGGAGGAGGUCCUGAAGUUGCUGAGUACAUUGGGAAUUGUCGUGUGGAUCGACAAAGCAAAGCUUCGAGAAACUGUGAUGUUGAACCCACAGCAAGUUGCAGUGGCAAUGGCAAACUUGAUAGCCCUCUGCUUUGGCGCGCACAAUUUUGAACACAAAGACGACAAAAUCAAGGUCAUCAGGAAGAUUGAGGACAUCUCGGAAAGCGACCUCCUUCGUUUCAGAUCCAGCGGCACUGCAACACAGGACUUGAUCAGAGGGGUGUGGAAGAAGGACUUUGACGAGGCGAGCCAGCAGCUACUUCAAGAGGUCUUGCUCAGGAACGACCUGAUGUGUGAACGACUUGUUCAAGGUGAGUUUGUGCUGCCGAGCUGUUUACCCAUAGCACACUGUGCUGAAGAGGCAAUUCGAGAGACAGAUGAAGUCUUGUAUUUGGAUGUGGUUGGUUUGCUGUCGCCGAAUUUCUUUCCGGCCUUGGCACAUCUGAUUUAUCGCAAUAUCAACCUUGAAAAUUCACCGACGAUCUGGAAACCAGGGCCACCCCAGGUUUUCCGAAAUCGAGGCGAUCUUCACUCUGACACUCAUUCGGUCUUCACAUCUAUGUUUCCAGUCAAUGCGCCCAGCAACCAAAGCUUGUUGCGAAUUUUAGUCAGGGGAAAGGACCAGAAAGCCAACUGUGGCAUUGCACAAGAGGUGAAGAGGGUGUUGCUGAAUGACAUCCUGGUAUUCCAUCCUGGAAUUGAUAUUGAAAAAGAUCCCAGUCUCUUCUUUCGGUUGAAAGGUGUCGCAGGCAAAGAGACUCUGGAACGGGAGCGCAGCUUUGCUCGCCAUCCUUGCUUGAAUUCACAAUGCAACCUGACGUGCUCUCUCUGCAGAGUCUCAGAAUUGCUGCAAGAAAGGUUUCUUCCUGACUUAAGUCCUGGCCUCCGUUCCAUUGUGGAACAUGCAGCCGUCCAACGACACACGCGCCCUGCUGGCAGCUUUCGCUUUAAAGCCAUGCAGUUCCCAGGUGAUGUUGAUCUGGAAGAAUACUUGGUAGUAGAUGCCAAGAGCAAGGAUGAGGCUUUGCCCACGCUUUGCCGUAUUAUUCAGGAGAUAUUCUGGGGCUUGUCUGCUCGAAAUUCAGAGGUUCAAGUCUUCUUUGGAGGACUCAAAGCCGGCAGCAAUCUCGUAGAGAAAGCCCCUGGAGUUCAGAAGGAAUGGCUGAAAUGGUCUCAGCAAGAGCUGUGUGAUGGCAAAAAAGAAAUGUGUAGGGGUGCCAGUGCAACCCCAGUGUUUAUGACACUCAGCAAAGCAUUGGAGGAGGGUCACGAAACUUGGACAGCCAAGAUCGACAUGUUUGCGAAGGUGCGCCUCUUUGAAGAUUCGGAAGCAACGGAGCGUUUCUUCGAGAUCACCAACGUUCUGCGAGCUGGAUACUUUGAAGGAUCGAAGCCCAUCCAGCCUAUCACGAAAGAGAAAGACUCUUUGCAGGGAAUCGAGAUGAACUUGAAGAAGUAUUCUAGUGAGGAACCCAACGCCAUGAAAUAUGUGAAGCGUCUCUGGGAAAGGAGUGCCUACUUAGCACAGCGAGGUUUCGAUUUGGAUUGGCACGCGAAUAUGCUGGAAGCUCUACGACCGCUGCUGCGUCACUGGUCUGCCGAGCUAAGUCAGAUCGCUGCGCAUGUCGAAACCCUCGUGAAGAUGAUGAAGUCUGGCCAAAGAGGGGUGAUUGAACAUGCAUUCAAGGACCUUCCUACACUUUGCCAGAGUUUGCGCAGCUUGCAGUCUCGCCUGGAGAGCGAGAAGGGCUCGGAGAAGGAAGCAGCGCAAGAUGGAUUGGAGCGAAUCCGAGAUGCCAUGAAGUACAUCCCAGAGGAACCACCAAGGGAGUCAGGAACUGAGAAGAAACUUUGCGAAGGUCUUCGUAAAGCUCAGCUCUUGUUGGAAAGCUGCGUGGAGACGGUGGUCAUCAGCAAGUUGGGAUCUUUCGAAUUCCCGGUGGCCAAACGUCUUGGUGAACUCUGGCAGUUUCCCUCUGACCAUCCGCCGAUUGCGGCCAAACUCACACUUGGCGAGCGUACCAUAAAGGUUGCUUCAUGGAAUGUGCUGAAUAGGAACUACUACAAGUACAUUGAUGCAGACACGCAAGGAUUGAAAGGCUCACAGAUAACAACAUUGCAUGAAGCGGAAACAAGAGAAAACAUCAUCAUUGCAAAGAUCAAGAAGAUGUUGCUGAAGACAUAUAUCCACAUGUUAUGUUUGCAAGAGUGCUGGCCGGAGCUAGUUGCAGAGCUGAAGGCAGCUCUGGGUGAGAGCCUUCAAUUUGAGAUGAUCUGCAGUGGGGAUGAGCAGGACAAGAACCAGGAGGUGAUUGUCUUCGAUUCCAAAGUGAGCGUGUUGCAUGCUCAUCAGUAUGCCGCCUUCUCAGAGAACUCGAAGAAGGUGGUGACAGAAGUCCGUUUCCAGCUCGGGAUGGAGUCGUUGCGUGUGGUGACAACGCAUGUGCCUGGCGCUCCCUUUGGACCUGCUCGAAGCGAAUUUGCGGACUGCCUUACGGAGAUCGUGAAGGGAGAGACACUCCCAACCGUGCUGCUGGCAGAUCUGAACUUCCCCGAAAAGGCGGUAUAUCCUUUGCUGCUUGACCGUGGUCUUGAAGACAUCAACUUUAUUCCAACGCCUUAUCCAACGAAUAUUUGCCAGGGGUCCAUGCUGCCAAAGCGCAUUGACUGCAUUGCCGUCAUCAACCACAAGGUUGCAUCCAAGCUGCACGCCAUUGCGAUGGGCGCCGAAGAACUGCUGGAAGGCCUUGACCAAGUGGUGGAGCUCCUGCAGUCGAGAUCUGCGGUGCCUUUGACGCUAACACGAUAUCAUUCAGACAAGGUGGAGACUGAGGCUGAAAAAAACUGCAGGCUUGAAAUGGAGCUGCAUGCAGCACGACGGCGAGUCAAAGUUCUGCAGCGCACCGUGGACAGCCAACAGGAGGCACUACAACGCGCAAACCAAGAACUUGCGGAAUGUCGAGGAGGAAGGUCCGCUGGCUAAGCCUGGCCGAGUUGCCACAGCGCGGAGAACAUGGUCAAGUCAGGGAUCCAUUGCAGGGCUUCGAGGCCCACACGACUGGACACGUGCUCAGCAAAAUGCUGACCACUGAGCGAAGCUCCCAGGGUUCAGUUGUACCUCGGUUUCACCUCGUUGCGCGAAGUGGUGUGCAAAAUGGCAU